GCCUGUUCCUUCUGUUUGAAUUAAUGAUUGGUCGGUUUGUGAGUCUUUCGGUUAGGUUGCGCGGUUCAUUGGUAUCAGCACGCCGUCAGGCAUCAUUGACUUCUAUCAACAGACCACAGUAUUGCUUCCUAUAAAUCUUCUUUCUGAAUGACCACCGUGUUUUAAGAAGUUCGUGCCCAGUGAUGUGAUUUUUUUUUAUUAUUGAACUGCGCUCAACGGAAAGUGUUUUUUUUUCGUCCUGCUCUUCAGAAACAUUGUGGAAACUGCGCUUAACUAUCUUAAAUGUUAUCUCUUUUUUAUAUUUUAUUUUAAUUCGAUAUUUCAUCGCGAGCGAAGUGAUCUUAAGAGAAGGUUGAUGUAGAAGGAAGAGGUGAAUAACGUGCAAACGAUGAUACGAAAAGGAAGUUAAAAAAAUGUAACAAGUUCAACAAGUGUAAUGUGAAUUGAAUGUUUACCAUGAAAACAUCUUGUUUAUAAUGUGUUGAGUUGAUUCUAUAUUAGCGAUGAAUAUAUAUUCUCGCGAACACGGAAUCUAUUGAACAAUCUCAAGUGCGCAAAUGGUUUUCGGUGUUAUAUUCUGAUAUGAACAGACGGACGAACAUGCUAAGCGUUAAAAUAUAUGUAUACCUGUGAACUUAAUCCAAAUUAAUCGUGUCUUUUGACAAGAGUAAUGAUCAAGACAUCAACAACUGCAGCAAACGCACAUAUUUAUCCUCGUGCAUGGUGGUGUCGAAUGGCCGGUGUUAAUGGGCCAUGUAUAAGGCUCCGGUGUUAUUUUACGAGCUUAUAAUUGCUCACUGAUUGAGUGCAGCGAGGGAAGUGAGUGCUACUCCGCUAAGAGAUUACAUAAAUUUGCAUAAGCCGACGACUGUCAUCUUCCAUUCUUCUGCUGUGUAGUGGACCGGUGGACCAGUGGAUGAUCGUGGAAAAGCGGACUGAGAGCUUGGAGUAUAACUACCCUCGACCUACACCACAGUGGCAGUGACAGAGAUUCAUUUUCAUAUAAAAUUAAUGAGAAGCAUAACAAACAUCACGCGUGUUCAACCAUUUAUCAUGAUCUGGAUCCCAUUUCAGCAGGAAAAUGAUUGGAAUUGUUGUGGAAUAAAAUGAGCACCGUUUCAUGGAUAGUUUUGGUGAUACUGACAUUUGCUAAAGUGAGAGUUGCCGAUUGCUUCACCUCCACGGUUCUCUGUUCAAAAAUACCUGACCUUUCACCUUAUCAGAAACAGUUGUGCAUUGAAAUGCCAGAUGCGGUAGUGUCUCUGAGUGCAGGACAAUUAUUCGGUGCCCGGGAGUGUCAGACACAAUUCAAAGGUCACCGCUGGAACUGUACACAAAUUUGGAAUAAAGACACAUUUGGUCAUAUUAUGUCGAUUGGAUCACGAGAGGCUGCAUUCACUUACGGAAUCACUAGUGCUGGUGCAGUUCACGCAAUAACGGCAGCCUGUGCUAAGGGAAACAUCAGCAUGUGUGGCUGCGACGCUAGACAGAGACUUCAAUUCACCACCGAAAGUGAAAGUUGGAAAUGGGGCGGUUGCUCCGCUGAUAUUGGCUUCGGAAUGCGUUUUACAAAGAAAUUCCUGGAUGCACGUGAGGUCGAGAGCGACGAUCGCAGCUUGAUGAAUCUUCACAAUAAUCGAGUAGGAAGGAAGAUUGUCAAGUUGUUGCUGCGUACGGAAUGCAAAUGCCAUGGUGUAAGUGGCUCAUGCGCAAUGAAGACCUGCUGGAAAAGUUUACCUUCCUUCCACACAAUCGGGGAUGUUAUGAUGAAGAAGUACCGCAAGGCACGAAUGGUACAGGCGAUACGGGCAGUGGGGAAAAGCAACGGACAGCUGCAGUUGAUAGUGAAAAGAGCUGAAAAAAUUCAACCAAACAGUGCCAACAGUCAGAAGCCAAAGAGAAUGGAAUUGGUAUAUCUACAGCCAUCGCCAAACUAUUGCGAAAGAGACGUUGCAUCGGGGAUACUGGGCACAUCUGGGCGCCAAUGCAACCGUAGUUCGAAUACAAUGGACAAAUGUGACUUACUUUGCUGUGGACGAGGCUACAAUACACACCAGAAUGUAAGAACUUGGCAGUGCAACUGUAAAUUCAAAUGGUGUUGUACGGUCAGUUGCGACGUUUGCACUGAACGAACCGAAGAGUACACGUGUAAAUAGGCGCGAAACAUUAAGGUUCUUCAGUUCGCCAUCCAUUCAUUGUAUAUAUUCACCAAUCAAUAAAUCCUAUGCACACUUUUAUCUUGGACAUCAAUCAGUAUUAUU